AAACAAAACAAACAAAAGAGAAAACAGCUACUCAUAAUAGAACGAUCAACCCCGACAGAUAUCGCUUUCUCUCCGAACAAAACCAGUAUGGCUGCCUUCAGCGGCGACGAAACCGCUCCUUUCUUUGGCUUCCUUGGAGCCGCCGCCGCCCUCGUUUUUUCAUGCAUGGGUGCGGCGUACGGCACCGCGAAGAGCGGCGUGGGGGUGGCGUCGAUGGGAGUGAUGAGACCGGAGCUGGUAAUGAAAUCGAUCGUGCCUGUCGUGAUGGCUGGUGUGUUGGGGAUCUACGGUUUGAUUAUUGCGGUAAUCAUAAGUACGGGCAUUAACCCUAAGGCCAAAUCCUAUUACCUCUUCGACGGUUACGCGCACCUAUCUUCGGGUCUCGCUUGUGGCCUCGCUGGCCUCUCCGCCGGCAUGGCCAUCGGCAUCGUCGGCGACGCCGGUGUCAGGGCAAAUGCUCAGCAGCCAAAGCUUUUUGUUGGAAUGAUUCUCAUCCUUAUUUUUGCUGAGGCUUUGGCGUUAUACGGUCUCAUUGUUGGCAUCAUCCUCUCUUCUCGUGCUGGCCAAUCCAGGGCUGAUUGAUAUAAAACUUCAUGUUGGAUGGGGUUCGCAACCACAGAUUGUGAAUGUUACAGUGGAGUCCGGCUGGGUAAUGUUUGUGUAACUGCUGCUUUGGCUUGCUCAUGUGAGUCUAUCUAUGUUUGCAUCAUAAAACUAAGGCUGUCCAGUAAUAAUGUCAGUCAAACUUUUCCCAGGCCGAAAUUUUUUAAUUAUAUGCUCAAUCCAAACUAGAAUAGAGAUCUCCAUAAUAAGACAGAUGUAUGUUUUGAUUCCAUUUACUUUCAGUGUUUUUUCUACUC